AGAAAAAGAAAAAAGAUAGAAUUAAGUGAUAAGCUUACGUGUGGCUGAGCAGCUCACCAUUAGCUCGUCCUCCCUCCUCCUUGGUUAGAGAAGGAAACCACUUCCAUGGCUGCAAAUUUGUUGUUUUCGUGCAAUUCUAACUUAAUCCGUGCUUCAUAUUCCAUUACAUUUGUGGGUGUUAGACGGAGGAUACUGAAUCUUGAUCAACCCACGGGAAGAACUUGUGGAAGCCGGAAAUUUUCUCGUACGUUUCUCGUUGCAGCAACUGAAGGUUCAGCAAACUCCAGCAAAUACGACGAAACCAUCCCCUCUUGGGCUAGACCAGAUUCCGAUGAGCCCCCUCCUUGGGCUCAGGAUGACACCAAUGGCAGCGGCAACGCCAACUCUGCCAAUCAGAAUGUCGAGAUUCCCUCCUUUGUUUACUUACUUGCCUCAGCAAUUACCGCAAUUGCUGCAAUAGGUUCUGUGUUUGAGUAUGUGAAUCAGAGGCCUGUUUUUGGAAUUUUGAAUUCCGAUAGCAUCUUCUAUGCUCCAUUGCUCGGAUUCUUUGCGUUUACCGGCAUCCCAACGCAUUUUUGUGGUUCAAAUCUGUUCAAAUUGCUAAUAAAGAAGCUGAAGAACAAGACAGGAGAGAUGGAUAUCUUUAAAGUCAAAAACUUGCCGCCUUCUUGCAUUUCUUUUUGUUGGAAUAUGAGUAAUGUCUCCUCAAAUUUCUGAUUCAAUUUUGCUUCUUCUAUUAUUACAUUUGUGCAGUUCACCUGUGAAUACCGCAACUAGCUCAGAGAACAAUUUGUACUGAUUCCAUACUAAAAGUAAUAUUUUAUGAUUCUUGACAAUGA